AUUUCCUCCUGUAUUAAUAUUAGUUCCUACCAAAUCUUAAGAAUAAAUAUGCGUAUUUUACUUCAUUUACUGGAGUAUCUAUCAUUGUUGUUAAGAAAAUUUAGAACUUUACAUAGCCUAUCUACUGCAUGAGCUAAGCUUCUGUGACCUAUACCUGUUGAGCAGGGAUGAAUUUUACUGCAGACAUCGUUUACAUGUAUUGUUUGCAUGGCCAAAAUGUUUUCACAUCUUGGGAAGUGCCUCAUAAAAUUUUCCUUACACAGUUGUUGGAAGUCAUGGAAUGAGAUAACAUGACAUUAGUCAUAGCAAGUUGAUGCAUAUCCUUGGCAGAGUCUGUCCUUCACAAAGCAGAAGAAACUAGUAUGCCAAACAAAUGGCAUCUUGUUGAAUUACUCACAAAGUUAUACUGGCUAAAACUUUGAUCAUUCGAAUAUGAUAUCAAAACUGUGUUCUAUAUGCCUAACAGAAAGAAGUGCUACAAAAUUCUCUGGGGAUUGGUUCAUUGAGUUUGAGUAAACUUUUAGCUCAUCACCUGAGUAGCAAGUAAUGUGCUCAUUGAAGCAUUGUCAUGACAAGAAUCUGCAGUUAGGUUGUGGAGGGCUUUAUGCAAGAAAAAACAAGGGCAUAUAAGCAAUGUUAGUAUUAGUGCUUAAGUAUGAACAUCAAUGUUGUUGGCAUUAUAUGACAUGGUGAAGUCCUAACAGAUGUUAGAAAGCUUAGAUUUUUUUUUUUUUACAGUUUGUGUUGCGGUAUCACAGUGUAAAGACAAUUAUAUCUCGCAACUUAUGUUCUUAACAUGAUUACAAAUUAUCUCAUGUCAUUAACAUUCAUUUUAGAAAUUUAUCUACCCAAACACACCUAUGUGCUCAAGUUAAUAAUAUCAUAUAAACAUCUGUUAUUUACUAAUUGCUAUAUAUAACUUGUGUUAUCAGUUAAUCGUAAAAAUCAUUUUCCAUUAAUAUUUAAUUAUAAAAAAAUCUUCUACAAUAAAUUAACUGCAAAACAACUUCCUUCUGUUAUUAAUAAUUGCAGAAAAAACACCUUCUUGCAUUCAUUUAUAGUUGAACAUAAUUGGAAAUAUGCUCCUUAUCAUGGAGGUAGUGCCUGUACUUCUCAUUUAGAUGAGGAUAAAGAGGGUGGGCAGAGGAUUUUUACUGAUAUAUACUCUAUUUUUCAUAUGGUCAAAUGGUGGCUCUCAAAGCCUUUGGGCUAUGAUUGCAUCAUCAGCUCAAUAGAAGAAGCCUAUCUCAGCAUGCCCACAACACAAAUGAGCUUAAUGUUGUGACCUUACAUGCAAGACAUGAAUAUUCUCAUGGCGGGAAGCAAAGUAUAACUUCGAGAGAGUACCUUGCAGAAAGUAGAUGUUCAACAACAUAAAAAAGCAGGCUUGUAUUGAACAUAAAGUCCCAUAUGCUUUGCCCCUGAGGCCAGACUUCUAAAGGCACAAGGGCCUUGUUGAGACCUACAAAUACCACACAGCAUACCUCUUCCACAACACCCACAAAAUAAUUUUAGCCUCCAUACUUCCUAUUUCUGCAACUUUCUACAAAGUUUCACCAUGUCAAACUACGUGUGCUUAAUUCUGCUGUCCUUCUUCAUGCUGAUAUCAAUAGCUGCUGGAACUCAGUUUAAGGUAGGAGGCUCAAAUGGUUGGAGUGUUCCUGACAGCAAUGCCAUGUCGUACAACCAAUGGGCUGAGAAGAAUCGAUUUAAAAUCAGUGACUCCCUAUUGUUUGUCUAUCUUCCUGAUGAAGACUCGGUGCUGUUGGUCGAUGCCGAUGCUUACAAUAGCUGCAAUACGUCAUCUUUCGUCGAUUUCUUCAAUGAUGGCAACACUGUGUUCAGCUUCACUCGCUCCGGCCACUUCUACUUCAUCAGUGGAAAGAAAGAUAACUGUGACAAGAACGAGAAGCUAGUGGUGGUCGUCAUGGCUGAUAGGAGCAACAGUUCAAGUUUAGCACCUGCUCCCCUUCCUGCUUCUGCUUCACCUCCACCUUACGGAUGGGUGGUGGAGGAACCAACUGCUCAGCCCCCGCCGCCAAAUGGGGCAUCUUCGAGGGUGGUUGGCAUGGUCAGCACAAUUGGUGCUGUGCUUGGAGCUUUGUCAUAUGCUUUCUGAGGUUGUCUUUGUGUGCGAAGUGAGGAUCUAUCGUGUGAUACCAAUCUAUGAGCUUGAGUUGCAUGUAUUGGAAGUUUGUGGAACUAAAUCACAUAAAGUGAGAGUUUGCUUGUUGCUGCAUGCCAGUUUGAUCCGCCAUUCCUAUGUAUAUUGUUUGAGUUGCUUGUGUCAAAAGUUAUGGAACUAAAUCUUAUGAAAAAUCAAUUGAUGCUGCAGAUUCUUCCUUGA